AAAAAUUAUGAAGAGAGAGAAAGGGAAAGAAAGAGGGGAGCUGAAGGGGUUGAUUGUGUCCUUUUCGCAAAUUCCCCACUUCUCUCUUCCUCUCUGUUGAACGCAGAGGAGAGAGAAAGGAAAACCCUCCCUCUCUCUUUCUCUCUUCUUGAAGACAAUUUUUCUUAGAAAUAAAGAAAAAAGUUAGGGUUUCAUUUUCGGAACCACACAAUGAAUGUAAUGCGUCGCCUCAAGAGCAUUGCUUCCGGCCGCUCCUCCGUUUCGGAUCCCGUUUAGAGAUUCACUCAACAUUGUGAUUGCAAAUGGGGAAGGACUUGCAGUGUGGGAAGCUGAAAGAGGGGUUCAUUAGUGCUACCAUUUUUUUUAUUGUACACAUAACAUAAUAUAAUCAUGCUUGCUGUAGAUGUUGAGCACAGGGUGGCGAUUCUAGCUUAAAGAGGGUGAAGGUUGACCAAGGAGCAGAUCAGAUGGUCAAUGAUGAAUCACAAUCUGUGGAGAAAUGUUCUACAGGCCCAGAGCAGAGUAUGGCUUCUGCAUCUGUGGAAACUGCUGCAAGCUCAUCCCAUGUAUCUUCAUUUGCUAGAACUGAAAAAUGUGGUUAUGAUGAACUUCCCAAAGAAAUUCAUGAAAUGAAAAUUAGAGAUGAUAAACCUGAUAAGCAUGAUGAUAAGGAAAUGGAAGCUGCUGUUGUUAGUGGCAAUGGAACAGAAACAGGUCAGAUAAUUGCGACUACAGUAGGUGGCCGCAAUGGACAACCUAAACAGACAAUUUCAUACAUGGCGGAGCGUGUGGUUGGCACUGGUUCAUUUGGUGUUGUCUUUCAGGCCAAAUGCCUGGAAACAGGUGAAGCUGUUGCAAUAAAGAAGGUGCUGCAGGAUAGGAGAUACAAGAAUAGAGAACUGCAGAUUAUCCGCUUACUUGACCAUUCUAAUGUCGUUCAAUUGAAGCACUGUUUCUUUUCAACUACUGAAAAGGAUGAGGUGUACCUUAAUCUCGUCUUAGAAUAUGUACCUGAAACCAUCUCCCGAGUCUUACGGCACUAUAGCAAGAUGAACCAGUAUAUGCCCAUUAUUUAUGUCCAAUUGUAUACAUACCAGAUUUGCCGAGCUCUCAAUUACAUUCACAGUGUUAUUGGUGUAUGUCACCGUGAUAUUAAACCACAGAAUCUGUUGGUUAAUACCCAGACUCAUCAGCUCAAGCUAUGCGAUUUUGGGAGUGCAAAGAUGUUGGUGCCUGGUGAACCAAACAUAGCAUAUAUUUGCUCAAGGUAUUACAGGGCUCCCGAGCUGAUCUUUGGGGCUACAGAAUACACAACUGCAAUUGAUAUGUGGUCUGUUGGUUGUGUUUUGGCUGAGCUACUUAUGGGGCAGCUUAUGUUUCCUGGUGAAAGUGGGGUUGAUCAGCUGGUGGAAAUCAUUAAGAUUCUGGGGACACCAACCAGAGAGGAAAUUAAGUGCAUGAAUCCAAAUUACACCGAAUUCAAGUUUCCUCAGAUCAAAGCUCACCCAUGGCACAAGGUAUUUCACAAACGAAUGCCAGCUGAAGCAGUGGAUCUUGUUUCAAGACUGCUCCAGUAUUCACCAAAACUACGUUGCACUGCUUUGGAGGCAUGCGCACACCCUUUCUUUGAUGAUUUGAGGGACCCAAAUGUGAAAUUGCCAAGUGGUCGGCCCCUCCCUCCUCUUUUCAAUUUUACAGCUCAAGAGCUGGCUGGUGCAUAUACCGAACUGCGUCAACGUCUCAUUCCCGAGCAUGUGAAGGAAUGACUAAAUCUCAGAACACGCAAAGGUAGGAUCUGUAUGCAAUGUAAAUGGGUUUUUGUAUGCUUAGUUGCCAACACGAGGCAAGCUACAAUGCACAAGCAAAUGCAAGAGACGAGCUUACACAAAGAAUAGUGCAAUGUUUGGCUUAUAAGAGGUUAGGAGGGGUGUUGAGGUUCCUGGUAAGGCAGUGUUCACAAAGGAUAAGCCAGCAGAAUUAGCAAGUGCAUAGACUGGGAGCUGUUUGGCGAGGAGGUUAUAUCAUUCUACAUGUUUACAAUGCGGUUAUUGUGAUAUGACGACACAUUUUUUAAUUUUUAAUGAUGUAGUAUAUAUCCAGUUCAUUUUUUCUGUGAAUGCAAUGGAUCUAAAAAGAUGGUUGAUGUUUAGACGAUUAGAACA